AUGACCCAACUGAAAAUAUCUGGCUUGAUGGAAGUUCUAAAGCUCAAGAAUAAAACGGCAAUGGCCGAUUUUCUCACUACACAGACUGGCGCAGACCUUGAUACUGCCAUGUCGACGGUGCUAGCCGAAAUAUUGGUUGCUGGCUCACAGGAUGUGUCAAGCAGUACUUCAGUGCCAUCGCUGCCUCAAGCUACAGCUUCUGGUGCUCUUUUGAGAUCAGAAUUCGCAAAGAGGGAUAUCUCACCCAAUUGGCCUACUGUUUUAAACCAAAUCGCUACUUUGCUGUCCGAUGCCGAUUUGAAGGGGUUGACUCUUUCAUCGUUGAGCGAGUUUCUGUCAGCCAUUCCGGAAGAAAUUGUCGAUCCAUUCUUACAGUCUGUUCUGGAGAUGAAAACUGGAUUGAUUUCCAAGAUCGGCAUUUUGCUGAGCGAACUUGACCCCAUGCAAGGGGCUGUUGAUCUGCUGAAAUUCAAGCUGCAGCCGCUUUUUGCUGAUGAUGUGAAUGCAAACUCUACAAUUCUUUACUUCAAGAAUGUUUCUUUGAUCUUUGCUAAAUCAUUUCUCACCUCGAAAGAUGAACACUUACGCUCAAUGAUAUCGCAGGUGCCAGAAUAUUCAAUAUUAGCAGCUAUUCUUUUGGUGACAAAAGAAGGCACAACGACUGCAGACCUGGCAAUUUUGGAUGAACUCCUUGUGCAUUUGGUGGCAUCCAACUCCCCCUAUCUCCCUGUGAUUUUACACAGACUUGAGACUGCUCCUGCUCAACUGCAAAGCCAUUUGACAUCGAUUAUCGCUCAGUUCUACCUUUCCCAUAAAGUGGAAGACCUUCUCAGUGUGAUUGCACAGAUCGUUGCGCCUCAUGAAAAAUUGGCAGCUUUGUUUCUGUCCUACUUUACUGACUUUGCAGAUGCGCUUCCAGUGGAGGUUGAACUGUCCCAUUUUGGCUGGACCCACUUAAAAGAUACUGUUGAUUCUCAGUUAGCGACAGACCCAGAGUCUGUGACGGGAAGUGUUCUAGAGUUCUUGGAUAAACAGGCUACUCUUGAGUACGAGCGUGCUCAACAGGCAAACGAGUUGACCGAAAAACGUAGGUCUUUGGACUUGAAAACUGCGUACUACCUGCUGGAGUUACUCACAAACAACCAGCUUGCUCCUGGACUGAUUGAACGUUUCAAGCAUGUGCAGACAUUGUGUUUGCAGGCUUAUCCUCGACUAAUCAACUUUGGCCAUGGCCACGAUGAGGCAAUCCUCAUGAAUAGUGCUACAAACUCUUUCUCAGUCCAAGUUGAGCAGGAGAUGAAGCUAUACUACCAAAAGAUGUAUAACGGAGGUAUCGAGAUAAAGGAGGUGAUUUCCAUGUUGCAAAGGCUCAAGGUUUCUGAUAACCCCCAUGACCAGGAUGUCUUUGCUUGCAUGAUCCACUCUUUGCUGGACGAAUAUAGGUUCUUUCCCGAAUAUCCUAUUGAUGCUUUAGCAUCGACUUCGGUGUUGUUCGGUUCGACCAUCUAUUUUGGUCUCAUCGAGGGGACAGCCCUGUCAAUUGCUCUGAGAUUCAUCAUGGACUCUUGUCGUCAACCAGCAGAGUCGAACAUGUUCAAAUUUGCUGUUCAGUCUCUCUAUGCGUUCAGACAAAGACUUUACGAGUACCCCAAAUACUGCUCUUUGCUGUUUGAGAUACCUGCAUUGGCUUCCCAGCCUCAAAUUUACGAUAUCAUCAGAGAUGUGGCCAACGGAAGGAUCACAUCUGCGCAAAAACCAAGUACAUCUGGAGAACAGAAGUCAGAAACAACAGAGUACCAUGAAGCAGAAGUCCCGGUCAAGUCUCUCUACCUCUCACUGGUGGUUGACGAAUCCAUUGUUGGCGAUGUUGAACAGGAUCCAACGCCUCCUCGUGACACAUCGGACCGUGUUCUUUUCAUUGUGAACAACAUGACUUCUAAGAAUCUUUCGUCUCGAGUUGAUGAACUGAAGUCGUUGUUACUGAAAGAGUACUACGAAUGGUUUUCAGUUUAUCUUGUUCGUCAAAGGGCCAAGACUGAGCCGAACAACCACAAGCUGUAUGCUGGCUUGGUUGACGGUAUAAAUUCGGCUCUGUUCGACUCUCACGUGAUUCAGAUCACACUCCAGCAGAUUGCGGCUUUGUUGAAUAGCUCUCAUUCCAGCGACUCCGAACUGGGUUCCUCGGAAAAGACUCAUUUGAAGAACUUGGGUGCUUGGUUGGGACUGGUUACUUUGGCUCGUAACAAGCCCAUCAGACAGAAGAAUCUGUCCUUGAAGCUGCUUUUGAUUGAAGCAUACGAUCUAGGAAAGUUGGAUGUCAUCAUUCCUUUCGUGUGCAAGAUUAUCGAUCAAACUAAGCAUUCUCGAGUCUUCAGAUACCCUAAUCCAUGGACUUUGGGAAUUUUGCAGGUGUUGAAAGAGUUGUAUGUUGUUGCUGACCUGAAACUAAUGCUCAAGUUUGAGGUGGAAGUGUUAUGUAACUCGCUUCAAGUUUCACCAGACAAGAUUGAGCCUUCAACACUUGUGAGAAGUCACACCCCUGAUGAUUUCCGCAAGACUGCUGCCAUACAAAGCUUGGUUGACAAAAUGGCCAGAGCCAACAUCGAGGAUGACCAAGAACUCCAUCAACAGAUCCCAGGUGCUGCGCCUAUCUUCAACGAAGCUUCGCCUUCCAACGAACAAGCCAGAAUCAAUAGUCCUUUCGAGAACCUGCGUGGAUCUACCUCGUUGGUCACCCAUCCUCAGUGGAAAAGGAUUUUCCAAGCUGCCCUCACCAAGUCUGUCAGGGAGAUUCUUCCUCUGGUUGUCGAGCGCACCAACUCAAUUGCUUUGGUGACUACACAAUCCUUAAUAUUGAAGGACUUUGCCAUGGAAGGGGAUGAAAACAAGCUUAGAAAGGCUUACGUCAAUAUGGUGAGUUAUUUGUCCGAAUCUCUGACGCAGGCGUCUUCUCAUGAUCCUCUUAGAGAGAGUGUUCACCUUAAUUUUGUGCAAUUGGCGAAAAACCUUGUCAAUGAUGCAUCUGCUUUUGGUGAACUUCCAACAGCCAUCAACGACAACUUGGAGUUGGCUAGCUCCAUAAUUCAAAGAGCUGCCGUUGAAAAGGCGAUCCAAGACUUGGAUGAUAUGAUGCUUCCUGCAAUUGCUGCUCGUCGUCAACAUAGGGAAGCCAGAACGGAGCAACCAUAUUUCGACCAGCAGUCUAUAUCAAGGUAUUCAUUGCAACUGCCUGAGCCAUUGGGACUGAAACUUGGUGGUGUAUCAUCAGAUCAGUUUUUGAUCUACGAUAAGUUUGGAAGAAACACUGCCAUUGCUACAGGUGCAGGUUCUGUACCUGUCUCCUCAAAUGUGCAGCUUCAACAGUCCCCUCAAGUCGGGCUUGCAUCUUUGAAGAGAGCGGGUUUCGAAGGUAUUCAAAAUCUUCCCGCAGUUCAGCAGCAACAGCCCCAACCUUUGGAUCAACAACUUGAUGCUCAGCAGUCAACAAUCGACCAGAGUUUUGCCUAUUUGCAGCAACUUAUUGAAGGGUUACUGAAGACAAUCAAUGACAACAGAGAGAUGCAUCUUCGUGAAGUGGGUCCCGAUCAUCCUCUUCGUGCUUUUGUGUCAGACAUUCUACAGGUUUGCGGAAGAUUGAGUUCUCGUGAUAACGUUUUACUUCAAGUGGCCCAGUUCACCGUGAAUGCAUUAUUCACGUCAUGCGAGACCCAAUUAGCUUGUGAAACUCUGGUAUUCUUACUGGAUAAGCUAUGCGACCUCUCUCCAUCAACAGCCAAGGAUGUCACUUGGUGGCUGGUUCAUGCUGAAGAUGAAAGAAAGUUCAACACCAAGGUUAUGAGUUCGCUAAUCAUCGUUGGUCUAGUUCCAAUUAACGAGCUCGAUAUUUCUUUGUCAAGCUCCAUUUUGGGAAGGAAUCAAAAUGCCAUCAACUUUGGAUGUGAGUUGGUCACGGACUUGGUCUUGGGUGAAUCACCUAUUGCUUUGCGUUCUGACUUUGCAUUUGUGAUUGACGCUAUUGGAAGAGUCGUUAAGCAGGGCGAGGCCAAUGCCAUGGCUGUUGAACUGUUGUCCAAGCUCAAUGAGAUUGGGUUUUCGUCAUCAUCGUCUUUGGUGAAACUCAUCGGUGUCGAGAACCCAACUUUGAAGGAUCGUAUGGGAUACGUUUUUGCCGAAUGGGUGAAACUCGUUGAACAUGGAGGUGACUCUAACGAAACCGGAAAGCUCCAAGUUGCGUUUGUUGCUCAACUGUUGAAAUCAGAUAUCCUCAUCAAAUCUGAAAACUUGGUCAUGUUUAUCACCACCUGUGUUGAAAUGGCUGUUGUUUCCUUCAACAGGGAGUUGGACAACUACAGAAAGAUUGUCAUUGAUACCUAUACAUCUACUGAUGCGUUAGCAAAACUUGUGGUUAAGAUCAUUGUUUUGCAAGAGGAUCUCGAUGACUCGAGGGCAAAAUCUUUGAACGGGAUACUGACCAUCAUGCUUUUGGCUUUUGCUCAUGAUCAUGAGACUCAUAAGUCCUCGUUCAACGAAAGACCUUACUUUAGACUUCUGUCUAGUUUGUUGUCGGAAUGGUCGGUUGUGAGAAAAGAGGAGCCCAGUGCUGCGUCGUUUGAUAGCCAAUUCUAUUCCAUAUUUGCUGACAUUCUCUUGACAUUGCAGCCAUCCGCUUUCCCUGGAUUCACUUUCGCCUGGAUGUCUCUUAUAUCGCAUCGCUUGUUCUUGCCCGAAAUCCUGAGUCUGCCACAGAAGGAGGCCAAGGCCAAGUUUGUUUCACUAUUGGUUGCACUCUUCGAGUUUCAGUCCACUUAUGUGAAGGGUCAGAACAUUCCCGAAGCAAUCACUGUUGUUUACAAGGGGACUCUACGCAUUGUUCUGGUGAUUGCACACGAUUUUCCAGAACUGCUUGCUGGACACUCCUACCAGCUUGUUUCGUCGCUCUCCCCCUCAUAUGUCCAGCUUAGAAACCUCAUUUUGUCAGCGUUCCCUCGUGGUCUGACCGUUCCUGAUCCAUUCCAACCCGAUCUCAAGAUGGACAGAUUCCAAGAGGUGACAGUUCCUCCCCUUUACGAGGGCAACCCAGGCGAGGAUCUUGGGCCACUGAGGAAGUCUGUGGACAGCUGCUUGCGUGCGUCUUCUCUUUCAUUGAUCAAGACCAUUGUGGCUGGUUUGAAACUGGUUGAUCCGAAGGAGGAAGCCGGUAUCGGCUACUCAACUGUUUCAUACAACGUCAAACACAUUAACGCUUUGGUGCUGUACUUGGGUAUUUCGGCAGUCGAGGAAAGAAGAUCAACGAUCUUCAACCAAAGGGCUCCCCAGGUCACUCUUCUGGCUGGACUGAUACAGGAAGGAAAUGUCGAGCUUCAAUUUCAAAUCCUUGAGGCCAUGGCCAAUCAACUAAGAUAUCCGAACUCCCACACCCAUUGGUUCAGCUGUGCAAUCUUGCACUUCUUUGGUUCACAGACUCUUUGGGGCAACCAGAUUGGUAAUAUCCAGCAGCUUAUAACCAGGGUGUUGUUGGAGAGAACCAUUUGCAACAAGCCUCAUCCAUGGGGAUUGGUAGUCACAUUCACAGAGCUCUUGAAAAACAACGAGUAUUCGUUCUUCGAGUUGCCGUUCUGGAAGUCCACAGUUGAGCUGGAGAGACUCUUCGGCUCAUUGAUGAAGUAUGUCAAGGCCCCUGCAGCCCAUAUCGCGGAAGGUGCCCCCCAAGUCUAUUUCUAG